AUCACAGUCGCGUAACGGGUUGAAGUCACGUGAUACACUUUCGCGCCGUUUUAAAUGUAUACACGCCAUUGUCCAUUCAUUUAGGAACAACAUCUCGUUUCAAGCGCAAUAACAGAGGAAAAAUAAACAUGCCACCCCGAGAUUACACAGCAGAGAAAGACAAAAUAAAAACAUUCCUACAGGAGUUUUACAAGGAUGGGGCAGAUGGUGGGAAGGAUUUCGUCUAUGGUCAACAGUUGGUAAAAGUAGCUCACAGAGAACAAGUUGGGCUGUGGAUAGAGCUUGAUGAUAUAUACGAUCAUGACCCAGAUUUGGCAGAUGCCAUCACUGAAAAUACGCGGCGCUACACAAGUCUGUUUGCCGACAUUAUUCAAGAGAUUCUCCCCGACUACAGGGAAAGAGAGGUUAUACAUAAAGAUGCUUUGGAUGUGUACAUUGAACACAGAUUGCUUCUUGAGCAGAGAAAUCAUCCUGAUGGCCCGGAAGUUACCAGAGACCCAAGGAACAAAUACCCAGCUGAACUAAUGAGAAGAUUUGAGAUUUACUUCAAGGCUCGUAGUGCACAGAAGCAUGUAUCAAUUAGAGAAGUGAAAGCCGAGGCCAUUGGUAAACUAGUCAGUGUAAAGGGUAUUGUAACAAGGGCAACAGAAGUGAAACCAAUGAUGGUUGUUGCAACAUACACAUGUGAUACCUGCGGCAAUGAAACUUACCAACCUAUUGCAUCUCCAUCAUUUAUGCCACUGUUGAUGUGCCCAAGCACUGACUGUACCACCAACAGGUCAGGGGGACGCCUGUAUUUACAGUCCAGAGGUUCCAAAUUUGUGAAGUUUCAAGAGAUUAAGAUACAAGAACAUAGUGAUCAAGUACCUGUGGGAAACAUUCCGAGAAGUAUGACAAUUUUCUGUCGCGGUGAGACGACACGUUUAGCACAGCCAGGUGAUCAUAUCAGUGUUGCUGGAAUCUUCCUACCAACCAUGAAGCAGGGUUAUGCCAACCAGGGUGGACUUUUGUCAGAGACUUUCCUUGAAGCACAUAGAAUCACAAAAAUGAACAAGACUGAGGACGACGAACUUGGAGUUGAGGAACUCACCGAUGAUGAAAUCAAACAGGUUGCAGAAGAAGACUUUUAUGAUAAGCUUGCUACAAGUAUUGCGCCAGAAAUCUACGGACACGAGGAUGUGAAGAAGGCUCUAUUGCUACUGUUGGUUGGCGGUGUUGAUAAGUCGCCUCAAGGAAUGAAAAUUAGAGGAAACAUUAAUGUUUGCUUGAUGGGAGAUCCUGGUGUUGCCAAGUCUCAGCUUCUUUCCUUCAUUGACAGACUGGCACCAAGAAGUCAGUACACAACUGGUAGAGGAUCAUCGGGUGUAGGUCUGACUGCUGCUGUGAUGAAGGACCCACUGACUGGUGAGAUGAUGCUGGAGGGCGGAGCUCUCGUGUUAGCAGACCAGGGUGUAUGCUGUAUUGACGAGUUUGAUAAAAUGAUGGACGCUGAUAGAACAGCCAUUCACGAAGUGAUGGAACAGCAGACCAUCUCCAUAGCUAAGGCAGGAAUUAUGACCAGUUUAAAUGCUAGAGUGUCAAUUCUGGCUGCUGCUAACCCAGCAUAUGGAAGGUACAACCCUAAACGAACCAUUGAACAGAACAUACAGUUACCUGCUGCCCUACUCUCCAGAUUUGAUAUUCUCUGGUUGAUACAGGACAAGGCUGACAGGGACAAUGAUCUAAGGUUGGCACAGCAUAUAACCUAUGUACAUCAGCACAACGUUCAACCACCUACACAGUUUACACCACUAGAUAUGAAACUUAUGAGGAGGUAUAUAGCACUAUGUAAGAAGAAGCAACCUAUAAUUCCUGAGAACUUGUCUGAUUAUAUCACUGGUGCUUAUUGUGAGAUGAGAAAAGAGGCUAGGAAUGGUAAAGACAUGACCUUUAUGUCGGCCAGAACCCUGCUUGCUAUACUGCGUCUUUCCACUGCUUUGGCGAGGUUACGUUUGUCUGACUCUGUACAGAAGGAAGAUGUUAAUGAGGCCAUUAGAUUGAUGGAAAUGUCCAAGGAUUCACUCAACCCUGCCCAUGAAAUGCACUCUAGAGCCCAGAAUGUUACAGAUAAGAUUUUCGCUAUUGUACGUGAAAUGGCACCAUCAAAGGGAGUUAAGUCUGUCAAGGUAGCCGAUGUAAUGGAACAGUGUACAUCGAAGGGAUUCAAACCGGACCAGGUAGAUGCAUGUAUAGAGGAGUACGAGGAACUCAACGUGUGGCAAGUGAACCAGGCUCACACGAAGAUCACAUUUAUAUAAAAACAAUGGCGUGGAUAGAUUUAAGACUGUGAAAAGUGUGUGCUGUUGUCAGAAGAAGCGUGGACCAAUUAUUACCAUUUUUAAACAGCUUUUAACAACUUGAAAGUUUGUAUCCAUGGAUUGAAAAAUUUAAUUUAAGUGAUCAAAACAUUGAAAUAUUGACAAUAGAAAUUCAAAUCUUAAAAUCUUGUAAGAUCCAUUGAAUUAUCGUCUGUGUAAAUUGGUAUUUCCUAUAGUUAUAUACAGGUGUGAAGUCAGUAAAGGUCUGUAGCUACUGUUCAUCAUUGUUAAUCAGUUUCCUUAAACUUACAAGGUGUUCAUUUAAUGUCGAGGACAAAAAGAUCAUGCACACAGUUGUCAAUAUAGAUUUUUAACCUUAUUGUGUUCAGAAAUGAAAAAUGUGUUCAUGAAUUUUCACUAAACAUUUAAUCAUGAAAUUGUAAUUUGAAUAUUUUUUAUUCUUAAAAAAAAAUAGAAACUUUUCAUUAAUUAUAAAUACAUUAGGGAAGGAAAGAUUUUUAGGUUAUAUUUUUAUAAUAGUAGUAAAUUGAAAUUUGUUUUUUUUCCUUAUCUCAUCAUUGUAUAUACCAUAUUUUUAUCAUAUGUAACUAGAAUCAUGUUGAUAAUAGUAAAAUAAAAUACUUGUAAAAGAAAAA